CUCUCCACGAUCUCCUCGGUCCUCUCUUCUAUCAAAUUUCUUAUGGAAUUUUCUUGGCUUAUCUUUGUACCCAAAAUGCUUUCCUUCUUUAUCAUCUGGAUUAAACUUUCUCCUAUUUUGCUUGCAUCUGCACUCUCUCGGAUUCACCUCAGCUUCCCCAUCUUUUGGGACACAAAAACAUCUUCUUGGUUUCUUCCUAUACUCUCCAUCUCCUUCUUGUUGAUAUUUCUUGUGUCCUCUUCUUCCUCUUCCACCUCUGCUACCUCUAUGAGAUGACUCUUCAGAGUUUUCUUCAUUAUGGAAUCUUUUCUUAUGCCUGAAAUGGCCUUUUUCUCCCUCUUCUCCUUCAGGAAGCUCUCUCUGGUCUUUAUGAUGUCUAUCUUUUCUAUGGUGAUGGCCUCUAUCGCCCUCUUUGUGGUCAUAGCCUCUUCUCUUAUAUGACCCCCUUCUUUUAUGCCUAUACUCUGAAUCUUCAUGUCUGGAUUCUGGGUCUUUUUGCUCUUCCAUGCCGCCUUCUUGGUCCAUGUAUUUCCUUCUGUAUCUUCUUCUUGGCUUGAAGUCUCCAUCGCCUUGGUUUUUGUAAUAUUCCUCCCUCAUUUUGUGUCUUCUUCUGUUAAAUUUGUGGGAGAAGUCUUCGUCCUUUUUAUCUCUGUGUUUCCAGCACCUGAACUUUCUUCUGCCAUUAAGGUCUUCUUGGUCUUCUUCAGCAUCAGGCUCGUCUUUCUGUUCUUCCUGAGGGUCUUUGGUUGUGUCUUGAUCGGUCGAUUUAUCAAUAGAGUUUGUAGCGAGGUUUAUCAGCAUUUCAAUUUCUUCCAUGCCAAUAGCUUUGUUGUCUUUCUGAAUAGCCAGAUUUUGGAUACUGUCUUGUAAAGCCUUGGUAGCCUCAAUUCUCUUAGUUGCAAGUCUUUCCCUCUCAAGGAGGUAUAGGUAGUUUUCAAUAAUAAGAUCAAGCUUUGGAACUUUUAUUAAAGCCCUAAUUUCACCUCUACAUAGGGGUCAAUUUGGAGUAGUCAGUUGAGUUUGUUCAAUACAUGCUUUGCAAAACUCGUGUCCUCAAUCAGCUACAACUGUUGGUUGAUCUAGCGGCUCUCAGCAGAUGGUUCAUUCGAUAUCCAUCUCUAGUUCCGCGAUUCUUUCGUUAUCGUCUUGUGACAUUAAUAUUAUAGCUUUGAGGAUUUAUUU